UCGGCCGACGGAAUUUUCUGGAAGGCGCGCGCGUCCCCCAUAUAAAUACCCGCCAUUUGUAAAAUUCUUCCUGAUUUCAUCGUUGCAGUUGUUGUAGGUUAAAGCUCUGAAGUUUAGAAUUUAAGUAAAAACCCGUUUUUUUUUUAAGUGCACAAAGGAAACUAAGAAUCAAAAAGAAAAAUGGCAAAAGCACCAGCUGUUGGUAUUGAUUUAGGAACCACCUACUCGUGCGUGGGUGUAUUCCAGCAUGGAAAAGUCGAGAUUAUCGCAAACGACCAAGGUAACAGGACGACACCCUCGUAUGUCGCCUUCACAGACACCGAGCGUCUUAUCGGAGACGCCGCCAAGAACCAGGUCGCCAUGAACCCAAAUAACACCAUUUUCGACGCCAAACGUCUUAUCGGCAGACGUUUCGACGACCCGGCCGUACAAGCCGACAUGAAACAUUGGCCCUUCGAAGUCAUCAACGACAACACAAAGCCAAAGAUCAAAGUCGAUUACAAGGGCGAGACCAAGACUUUCUUCCCUGAAGAGAUCAGUUCUAUGGUCCUCACUAAAAUGAAGGAAACGGCCGAAGCUUAUUUGGGUAAAUCAGUAACUAAUGCAGUAAUCACAGUACCAGCAUAUUUCAAUGACUCACAACGUCAGGCCACCAAAGAUGCCGGUACCAUCGCCGGUUUACAAGUACUCAGGAUUAUUAAUGAACCUACUGCUGCUGCCAUCGCGUAUGGGCUUGACAAGAAAGGACACGGAGAACGUAACGUCCUAAUCUUCGAUUUGGGAGGCGGAACCUUCGAUGUAUCAAUUUUAACCAUCGAAGACGGUAUCUUUGAGGUAAAAUCCACCGCCGGAGACACCCACUUGGGUGGCGAGGACUUCGACAACCGUAUGGUCAACCACUUUGUACAAGAGUUCAAACGUAAAUACAAGAAAGAUCUGACCAGUAACAAACGCGCCCUGAGACGGUUGAGAACCGCCUGCGAGAGGGCGAAGCGAACUCUCUCCUCCUCCACCCAAGCCAGUAUCGAGAUCGAUUCCUUAUUCGAGGGAAUCGAUUUCUAUACGUCGAUCACCCGGGCCCGUUUCGAAGAAUUGAACGCCGACCUGUUCCGUUCGACGAUGGAACCGGUCGAGAAGGCCAUCCGCGAUGCCAAGAUGGACAAGGCACAGAUCCACGAUAUCGUCCUAGUCGGGGGUUCCACUCGUAUCCCGAAGGUGCAAAAGUUGCUCCAGGACUUCUUUAACGGGAAAGAGUUGAACAAGUCCAUCAAUCCCGACGAGGCUGUUGCCUACGGAGCCGCGGUACAAGCCGCUAUCUUGCACGGCGACAAGUCUGAGGAAGUACAAGAUCUGCUUCUAUUGGACGUUACCCCACUUUCACUGGGUAUUGAAACUGCUGGUGGUGUGAUGACUGCCUUGAUCAAAAGAAACACCACUAUUCCCACCAAACAGACCCAGACCUUCACCACAUAUUCAGAUAACCAGCCCGGAGUACUCAUUCAAGUCUAUGAAGGCGAACGUGCCAUGACCCGCGACAACAACCUGCUGGGCAAAUUCGAACUGACCGGAAUCCCCCCGGCGCCUCGCGGCGUACCCCAAAUCGAAGUCACCUUCGACAUCGACGCCAACGGUAUCCUGAACGUAACCGCCAUCGAAAAAUCCACCAACAAAGAGAAUAAGAUCACCAUCACCAACGACAAGGGCCGUUUGAGCAAGGAGGACAUCGAACGGAUGGUGAACGAGGCUGAAAAGUACCGUAGCGAGGAUGAGAAACAGAGAAACACUAUUUCGGCCAAAAACGCAUUGGAAUCUUACUGCUUUAACAUCAAAAGUACCGUCGAAGAUGACAAGAUCAAAGAGAAGAUCAGCGAUAGCGAGAAACAAACGAUCUUGGAGAAGUGUAACGAGGUUAUCGCUUGGUUGGACGCCAACCAGUUGGCCGACAAGGAGGAAUACGAACACAAACAGAAAGAAUUGGAAGGUAUCUGCAACCCGAUCAUCACCAAGUUGUACCAAGGGGCGGGUGGAGCUCCCGGCGGUAUGCCCGGUGGAUUCCCGGGUGGCGCUGGUGCCGCUCCCGGUGGUGCCCCAGGCGCUGGCGGUGCCGGACCUACCAUCGAGGAGGUGGAUUAACUUUGAGUUGCUAAAUAUUUUACUUCAUUCCAGUAAUUUUCUUCUGUAAAUUUGUUUUUGUUUGUUUUAACAACGUCUCGAGAUCUAUAGACCGCUUGUUUUUGUUUGUUUAAAGUUCCUUUUUUACGUCAGAAGAAUUGAUAGCAGUAUUUCCGAUUUUUCAUUGAAUAAACUGAAUAUCCCGGAAAA